UACCAAUUGUUCACACUGCAUAUUAUUGUAAACUUCAGAUUCUAAUAACAUAGUUAUGUGACUUUUUCAGGUUUUGGAAGUUAAAUUUACAAAUAUUGGGGACGAUAUUUUACUUGGAGCAGUGAAUUACUAAAGAAGUCAGAAGAGAGUAAACUGAAGGUUGAGAUAGAAACUUGGGUUUACCUGUACUCAGACUUGACUGCCCUGGCGGAGAGACUGGACGAACUGUUUACUGUGGCCAGUAGUCGUCUGCUGCCUGCAGUCUCUCAGACCACGCGGGACCAACUACACAAGUGCAUGGAUGAGUGGAAAGAGAAGUUGAAAUCACAACUUGGACCAGUAAGUGGGCGUCUAGUGCGAUCUGUAAGCGUAGGGAGUGUGGCAGCAUUGAGACAGGUGAGCGAGGUGCCACGACUGUACCGCCGCACCAACCGAGAUCCUCCCACCAGAAGUCUGCCAUACAUAGAUUCUAUGUUGGAGGCUCCCUUGGCCUUCCACUUAAAGCAUCAGUCACACCCUCACACCUUGUUGUGGCUACAGAGUAUAUUCUCAGACAUCACAGAUCAAUAUUAUGUUGCGGUUAUGGGUGUUUUAACAUCCGUCCAGAAAACAGAAGAGAGUUUAAGAAGAUUGAAAAAAAUUAGAGAUAAGUCAAUAGCCACUGGUUCAGCCCCUGACAGAGGGGGUGAUGAUGAUAAAAUAAGAAUGCAACUGUAUUUUGAUGCAAAUUAUUACUGCAAGAAGAUAGAAGAGCUGGGAAUAAAAAAAGAAAAUGUUGAUCAUCUGAAGGAUCUACUAAAAUUAGUUGAAACACUGCACAAUAAAAAUGGAUUGAAGUAGUAAUAGUUUUUGCUAAUUAAUUCCUGCUUUAACAAUAUACCAUUUGUACAGUAAGUUUAAAACAAAAUGGGGAUACAACUUGCUCACAAGUGUUCACAUUCUCUACAGCCUCGAUGAUUUAUUAUUUAAUUUUAGUCAAAAGUGAUUAUGUCUUCGUGAGUUUCACUAAGUGGAAGUUUCACAUGUUAUAGUGAUAUCAAGUGCCUCUUGUAAUAUUAGUUGGCUGUAUAAGAACGCAUCUUAGUAUUCUUUGAUUAUUUUUAUUUCCCUCGUCUUUAUAUUAUUAUAACAAUAUUUUAUUUAUUCACAAGUCUGGCUUUUACUCUUAAAUUAAACAUUUUAUUAUUUAAGGAUCAGUAAUUUAUCAGGAGACUAUCAAUAUGCCAACACUUUAUCAACCUUCAUACAGCUUUUGUUGAAUUAAUCCUUUUAACCCAUCAUUUUAUUUCAUGCAUUUGCCAAAUUUCUAGGUAAAAAUGGUUCAUAGUGUAGAGGUGAGAAAAAUACAUAUAAUUUUCUUAUUUUUGUAUGAUAAUUUUGAUUUCAUUUUUAAAUAAGUGUACUUUAAGUAGAAUAACCAGACAAAUAAUUUUACAUAAGUUCAAAUUUAAAAAAUUAUAAAUGUCUGUAAACAGUCUUGUUUUAAGAUGUAUUUUUGAGUUUUGACAUUUAUGUAAGGUAGAAAAAAUAUGGCAUGCAUUAGAAUGUACUUUAUGAAUACACAAGGUAUAGCCAAUUAAUUGUAUUGCUUUGUAAUUUUUUUACACAAUUUCUCAAAUAUAUAACUAUAAUACUAUAGUCUACAUACUUUUUUAAUUCCAAAACAUUGUAUUGUAAAAUAACACUGAAACAUGUUAUAUUUCUGAGAAAAUACAUGCUUACAUCAUGUGAUGGCUAACACCAACAACUAAACUGCUCUCACACAGAUACAAUGCCAGUUGCAAGGUUUGUGGUUUUCGCAUGUAGCUGAUUUCUUGUCUAAUUUCUUAGCCUGGUUGCAUUCGACAUUUUACAAGCCAGUUACAUUCAAAUAUAGAGAAUUUCGAUAUAAUUGACAUUGGGGUUUUUUAUUAGACCAUCUCUGUCUGAUAUAUCCAACUCUGGGGCUAAAAGGAUUAACUCAUUGUUCACUGAAAAAGAACUGUGUACGAGAUACUUUAUCAUGCAACGUUAUUCUUUUGCUUUUUAAUAUUGUUGUGUUGCAUAUAAAUAGUGAAAAAACUUUAAUCUAAAUAUUAGUGCCUACAUUUAUUUUGUUCUUCUAUUUUGAAUAUGUUAUGUUGACAACAAGGUUUUUGUUUUUUUUACAAUAAAUGGUAAGCUCUGCUAGCAUUAGUGUUGUAUAAACCUGUGUUGCUUGAAUUUGUUUACAAGAUAUCUUUCAUUGUAUAAACACCACCAAUUAAUAUUAGAUGGUUAUUUAAUAUAAUUUUAUAAAUUGUAUUUUCAUUUCUAAUGUUUAGAACAGAGCCAGGCAAUAAGGCAAUGAUAAUGUGCUGAUAUAGGAGUAAGCUAUUCAUGGUGUGGGAGUAGUGUAACUGUGAUGUAGACCUGUAAACUGAUCUUUGGAAAUGAUUUAUAAAAAAAUAACUAGUUCACAACAGGUUGAUAUUUGUACAUAUUUUGGAAAUGUCCAAAUUGUCGUAAAUGGUGGAUCACAAAAUUUAUUUUGUUAGCAAACUAUAGGCAAGUAUCUAUAGUAUGAAAUCUUUUUUGGAAAUUUAAAUACUGUUCAAAUUUAUCAGUUAUUAAAAUUCUCAAUUAUUUCCAAUUAUAAAAUACAGUACUAUUCACUGUAUUUUAUAAAUAACAAUUUUUAAUUAAUUAAUUAGAGCAGUGUUUGUAGUUUCCUGAAUAUUUGGUGAUUUAAAGACAAUAGUAUCAGUGUUUAUGACAAUUUUAAUUUAUGUCAAUAGUACAUAAAACCUACCUGGUAAAUUAAAAAUCUAAUUGAAAUGCCAAAAGAAUCCAAACUUGUUGGACAUUAACAACAAUUUCAGAAUUCUCAUCAUAUUAUACAGUAGCAACACCAUGAUGGCACCUUUAAGUCUUGGAAGGAUUGAUUUUUAUUUAAUUUAUAAAUGUCAUUAAUGUUAUUGUGGCUUUGUAUAACUGAUAUUUGUCAAGUAUUUUGCCAUCAACUCAUUUGAUAAUGGAAUAUUGUCGUCAGUUCUUAUACAGAUAUAAUUUAUUAGUCAUAAUAUAUUUCUCAUUGUAGUGGGUUUUUGUAUUUCCUUGAAAUCAUCAGGUUAUUGUAUUAUGUGAUAUUUAUUCAAUUAGUGUUGUGUUUGUUGCCCUGUUUAUUUUAUACUGAUACUUAAACUUUCAACAGUUUCAACUUUCUGAAUAAACAAAUAUUAUGUUAAUUACUUAAUUUUUUGUCCACAGAGCUACAGCCAAAAAAUAUGGCAGACAAAAUUAUUGUAAAAGUAUUAACAGUUUAUGUUAUUCAUAAUAGUUUGCAGUAAAUCAUAAAUUUGUAGUAAUAAUGAUGGGAAUGGUUAAUUUAUUGUGAAUAUAUUGAGUUAAGCUCCAUUUUACAUUUUGCUUAGUGCAGCAUUUGAAUGAAAUAUGACUUUUUGUGAAUCGUUUUAGGUAGAAGUGCAUUUCAGAUUCCAGGAGUUUAUGUACCAUUGUCAGGAAUCAGAUGCUGCACUAAACAGAAGGCGAAAUAGAGCUAAUCUCAAUAUUAACAUCUCUGUAUUGUUGUAGAUGUUUAGGUCAAAUUUAGAGUAGCCUAAUGCGUUCAUAAUUAAUGUUUUUGUGAGUUUUGUCAACUAUUCAGAAGUAGCAAUUUGUUAUUCUUCCUAUAUGUGAUUUACAAGUUUUUGAAUUGCCUAGUUUGUUAUCUGGUUUUGUUUAAAGGAAAAAUAUAUUUCCUGGCCACUAAUUUAAAUAUGGGAUUUUACAGGCAUAAUCAUUUUAACAAGAACAGUCAUAGGGUUAGUAAUCUUUAACUAAAAAUCAUAAUUAUAUCAUUAUCAUAAUUAAAUCAUAAUCACUUAAAACACUCAUUGUUAAAGUAGUCCUUUAUUAUUGAUUUCCAAAUAUUUAUUUUAAUUGCUGUGUUAUAAAUGAGUAUUGAGAGCAAAUAUUCUAGUUUGUAAGUAGGCCUACAUAUUGUAUAACAUGUAUAGUGUAAGAUAUGUACAUAAUACGAGUAAGAACAUAUAUUAUUAACAAUUUUCAUUUUGUUUGUAUAAAUAAUGAAUAAACAUUAUAGAUCUA